AUUUCCUCUGGCAGGAAUUCAAAAACGCGUCAGAGGAAAGACUAGAAUCAAAUAAGAGGCUCCCUAGAUAACUUCCUUGCACAAGCACACCUGUGAUACAUACUGCACCGGUGUCGCCUGGCACAAGGAAAUAUGAACGCUGCGGUCGUCCUCGCUCUCAUGGCCGUCGGCUGGUGCGGCAUGGGGGCGUCGGCGUGGACCAAUCCCGAUGGAUGCGGCCUGACGCCCAUAGCUCCGGCGCUCGAGACCCGCGAGGACCGGAUCGUGGGCGGUCAGGAAGCGGUGCCCGGCAGCUGGCCCUGGCACGCUGGUCUGCACAGCAGCCCGUUCUUCGAGAGCGCGUACUUCUGCGGCGGUGCGCUCAUCUCUGACCGCCACGUGCUCACCGCCGCCCACUGCCUCGAGUACCGCGUGGCCGACAACGCCUACGUUCACGUCGGCGCGCACAGUCGGAACAGCCGUGAAUUGACGGAGCAGUACGUGCGCGCCGAACACCUCUGCAUGCACGCUGACCCAACGAUGGACAUCGGGAUUGUCAAGCUUUCGAGUAGCGUGAACUUUACGGACACCGUUCGACCAGCGUGCCUACCUGAACCCGGUUCGGAACUGGCUGAUGGCACGACGCUCUACGCCACCGGCUGGGGACAGACAGACGAGUUCGAUCCUUCUUCUCGACCGGAGGGGCUGAAGCAGGUGAUGACCAAAAGCAUUGCCAACCAGCGCUGCGUGAAGGAAUUCCAUGACGUACCGGACUACCUUCUGUGCGGGUCGUUUGAAGACGGCACUCCUUGCCAGGGUGACAGUGGAGGACCUCUGGCUCGCAAGGGAGACGAUGGUGCCUGGGUUCUCGAAGGGAUCGUCCACAAGGGCGGUUGGCUGUGCAAAACCUUGCGGCACAAGAGGGCUAUGCGCUACAUGAAGGUGUCCCACUUCGUCAAUUGGGUGGACGAUUACAUGCGAGCUGACGCUGAAGGGCGCGCGGAUAGUUUCUGCGACAUGGCGCCAAACUUCAAGGCUGACCGGGGAGUCUGGACAGUGGGCGCUGGACGACGUUUUGCACCGGUGUACACAACAGACGCCACCAUCAAGGAGUCCGCACGAACUCCGAUAAGUCUUCAUAGAGGCGUUGGCGUCGGGUAUCGCCAAAGCAUGGUUCUGUCAUCGGCUCGCGUCGCCGUGGCCCUGGCGCUGGCGUUCUGGUCAGCUGGGUUUGCAGAGUCCAGGUCCGCGCCAACCUUAGAGCAGUGCGGAAGGCCGGCCAUCGAACCAGUACUGAAUGCCGAGGACAGGAUCCUGGGUGGCACUGAAGCAGCUCCCGGAAGCUGGCCCUGGCAGGCUGGCUUCCAGCUGCACCACGGUUUGCCCAUCGAGCGCCACUUCUGCGCCGGCGCGCUAAUUGACAGACGCCACGUGAUCACGGCAUCGCACUGUGUUCGGUAUUUUCCUCCAGUGUUACAUCACCUUAUUCGUGUGCACCUGGGGUCUCACAAAAGGGAAACCACGGACCCAGCAGAAAUGGACCUUGGUAUAGAGCACGUCUGCGAGCACAGGGCUUCUUACAAGACAUACAACGACAUCGCCAUCAUCAAGCUCGACAAAGACGUUCCCCUGAGCCAGUUCAUCCAGCCUGUCUGCCUGCCUGAAUACUCCCUCAAUGACACAUUGCCAGAAAAUACCGAGCUGUACGCUACUGGCUGGGGCAAGAUUGACCAGGACAAGGACGGGGACAUGGCUGACGUCCUGCGGCAGCUGGAGACGCGGACCUUGAACGCCGACGAGUGCCAGCAGCGGCUCAGCGUCAAGUUGCUCGACACAGUAAUCUGCACUGAACAUGUAGCCGGCUCCACUUGCCACGGCGAUAGCGGAGGGCCAAUGGUGCGUCGAGAUGAUAACGGCACCUGGUUCUUGGAAGGAGUCAUCUCAGGAGGCCCGCGUGUGUGCGGCAACACCAAGACGCCCAUGCGCGCGACGCGGGUGUCGCGCUUCGUGCGCUGGAUCGAAGAGUACCAGCGUCGAGACGCCGAGGGAACCCUCGAGGACUUCUGCAAACCGACGGACGUCAAAGCUGCCGCGGAACCAUCCAUUUGAACACGUACAACUUUUGCAUGUUCGAAUAAAACGCACUGUUUUCUAGAGCCCUGUAAUUAAA